AUGGCUGGUGCUGACGAGGGGCCGGUGGAGUAUAGCCUUUCGGUGCGAUGGUGGUCUGGUUCACCGGUUUUCCACGGUAAUGCCGACUCGUCGUGCAGGGAGAAGGGUGGCUUGGUCUGUGGUCGAUUGUGGCUGGUUGGAGAGGGAUCCGGUCAUCUCUUACGAGGUGAGUUGGCGUCGUCCCCGGAUCUGAAGCAGGAGCGGCUCGGGGAGCAUCCUCAACAAGGGGAUCGCCUCCGACCGAUAUACUUUUGGGAUUUAGAUCCAGUUUCUUUUGAACUGGUAGCUGUUGCGGUUCGUCAACGCCAAUUUGGCAAGGGGUUACUCCUGCUCCAGGCUUGUGGCAGGACCGACGUCUUCUCCGGUGCCGGCUGUUCGUCGACGGCGGAGAAGUGGGCGCCGCUGAGGCAAAUAUACUAUGGGAAGAAAAAUUGCACGCACGUCGAUUCCUUCUUUCUGGACAAUCAGGCGUCAGACAAAGACAUUCUCUCACGUGACAUCCCAACUCCAUAG